AUUGGAUCCCAAAUCAAGGCCCAGUCGAUGUAAUGUUCUCGUCCUUAUGCCCAGCGGACGCAUGUUCCCUGCCGAGUCCUGCGGUUGCUGCCCAAAACCCUAUGCAGCACCGGAUCCUUCGACUCCUCAUUUCCUGUCCUGACAUGCGCGGUUGAGGGCAAGAUCAACAUACAGGAGUUGGCUAUGUCCCGCUGGUGGAGUCUCGCUGUGAUUUACUGCCGGGUCCAUCCAUGGCUAUGUACCCCAGUAUGCCUGGUGCAGCUCCACUGAUUGCACGGAAAACUGGCAGGGCGUCUAGCUCCGGGAGUUAUUGUCUGGCUGCUGCGCCGGCGGACUUCCUUAUUGCUCUUCAUCGUCCCUUGUUCUCCCGGACGUCUCUGGCUCAAUCGAUCCCCCUCAACCCUGUCGGCGAGGCACGGUGGAGACCUGGCUCGAUUGGCCCUGGAAGCAAGAUGGAUUCGUUGUUUUCCGUAUACUUGCCAUAUCUCACGCGGCCUUUGAAAUUAAAAGCUUAUCUGGUGCCGUGGGCCGUCCACCCUCUUAUUUUAUUUUAUUUUUUCCCACAUUAUCUGCUACUUUGCUAUAAUAAAACGCCCCAUUCUACUCGCUGUCAGGCACCAUUCUGAAAGGUCUGGACUGAACAGGCUGAGGUUGCCUCGCCAUUGUGUAUACCCGUUCAUUCUUCUAUAUAAAACAUCAGCCUCAUGUCCACGGUCCUUUCACCCUCAUUGAUCGCAAUGUCUUCAGGUCUCAGUUAUUUCUCACGAG